AUGAUUGACAAGCUGUUCGACGUAGUUUGCUGUCCGGUAGACCAGCGAGUGGAAACCUUUGUGUACUAUCUUCAAGAAGAGGCUGAUCAUUGGUGGGUAAUGGAAGGCCCGACCCUUAAGGAAAAAGAAAUCUUCGAUUGGGAAAUAUUUAAGGGAGUGUUAAGAGAAAGAUUUUACCCCGACCAUGUCAAGGUUGCUAAGUAUGUGGAGUUCUUCCAUCUAGAGCAAGGUAGUAUGUCAGUUCAGGAGUAUCACGCCGGCUUUGUGGCGCUGUCUCGUUUUGCUCCUACUAUAGCACUGGAUGAGGCUAGCAAAGCCCGAAAGUUUGUCCGAGGAUUGCACUAUGAUGCACAGAAGUUGUUUACUGCGGAAAAGUUUGCCACUUUGAACGAGGCUUAUGACGCAGCUGCCGGUCACUCCAGGAUUCAGCGACUACAUCGGGAUGCCAUGCAUGGACAGAAGAAGAAGAGCGAGGGUAAUGACUCACAUGAAAGCAAUAGACAUAUAUUCAAUCCUGUAGCAAGAAAGGACAACCAAUGUGGAGAAAGAAGGAAUCCGAUGAAUGGACAGGGAGCUGGAGUCGGAGGACUAUCGAGUGUGAGGAGCAUGGUUUGCUCGAGGUGUGGUAAGGAUCCCCCUCGGACUACUUGUGGAGGAGGACCCGUGGCAUGUCUCAAUUGCGGGAAGCCAGGACAUAGAGCUGCCAUUUGUUGGCAUCCAAAGAUGGAGAAAUCCCAUGGUGCGACCCAGAGUCAGCCGUCUAGAGGCCAGUCCAGUCAGGCACCAACCGAGGAAUGGGUUGUGGGAAUCAGUCAAGUGUAG